AUGGAGUCGCUCAUACCGUCCAAUCGCAGGCCGGAGCAUAAACGCCUCCUAAAUCAACUCCACCCCGCUGCCGUCAGGACCGCCCUGCAGGACGUGCUCAAAGAAAAACAGCAGCACAUCGAGCAGCUGCUCAAGGAGCGUGAUCUGGAGCGCGCGGAAAUCACAAAGGCGGCAAGUUUGGCCGACGAGGCCGAGCAGCGAUACGUAUCGAUACAGAAAGAAUUUGAAAAUUAUCGACUUGACUGCGAUCGUAAACUAAAAGAAUACGUAUUCAAAUUGACUGAGUUCGAGAAUGAGAAGAAGGAAUUGUUGGGUCAGCUGGAUGAAGAGCGUGGCAAGAAUGAGGAUUGGCAAUUUAAGUUUGAAGAAGCUGCUAUUAUUAAAUCCGAUGCAGAGCACCGUAUCAAUGCACAAAACAGUACAAAUGAAGAACAUGUGGCCAAAAUCGCCGAGUUGAAUUUACAACUAUCACUACUUCGGUCUGAGCUUGAAGUUGAUGCUGGAAAAUUAUCCCAGGCGAAUGAAACUAUCAACACCUUGAAAGAAGCAAAUGAAGCUGCCAAAGUUGAGUUGGAGCAUGCGAUUGAGAAGCGCUCUAGUUUGGAAAGUGAAGAAACAAAAUCUAUAGAAUUGGUUCAAACUUUGCAAUCCCAAGUUGAAGAAGCGAAUACAACGUUGAAGCAACACCAAGAAUUGUCUGCUAAGCAGAUGGAUGAUUUGAAUAAACAGUUGGUUCGGUUAAAUUCCGAACAUGAAGUGGAGACAUUUAAACAAAAUCAAGAGAUUGAGGAACUGCGUGCCAAAUAUACCAACGAUAUUAACGCCAAAAAUGAUGAAUUGAAAUUAUUAGCUAUUAACUUUGAAGAAGUGAAAAUUCACUUGAAAAUGUUCAGAAAGAGCAUGAAAAAUACAAAUAUGAAGCUGGAGUUGUUGAGCACGAUGAAGAAAGAAUUAGAUAAAAUCAAAAUGGAGAUGAGUGCUAAGGUUUUAGAAUUGGAGAAUCAGCAUGAGACUAGUAAAACGCAAACGGAUGAUAUGAAGAAACUAGAAGAAGCUUUGGCACAAACACAAGCUGCUUUAGAGAGUCAGAUUCGUGAAACAGAAAAUGUUAAUAUGGAAGAAGAAAAAUCCAUGAUUGAAGUGGAAAAGUUAAAGGAGAUGCUUGAACAAUCAAAUGGAACUAUAAAUCAAUUGAAAACAGAGGUGGAACAGAAAGUAGAAGAUUCCAGGAAAGAGUUAGAGACAUCAAAUAUGAAAAUAAACGAAAUGACGGAGCAAAUGAACGCGUUGAAGAGUGAAUUAACAUCAAAGAUUGAUCUAUUUAAAGAAUUGCAAUCAAAAUAUGAAAAUUCCGAAGAAGAAUUAGCUAAAACUUGCCAGAAAUUAGAGAAAGAAAAGACUGAGUUUGCGCAGGUUCAAGAGAGAUUGAAUCUUGAGUUGAAAAAUCUGGAACAGUUGAAGAAUAAAGACUCGCAGUUGGAGUUGCAGCUUGGAGAUUCACAAAGAUGUGUUGCACAACUCGAGGAGAAAAUGGCGGAGGCGCUUGUCAAUAAAAACAAGAUGGAAGCAGAGAUUCAACAAUUAUUGGGUGCUAGUGGCGAGGAAAGUUCUAAACUAGAGAUCUUAAACAAAGAAUUGCAGGCGAAACAAACAGAAUUAGAAAGCAAUAAGAAUCAAUUUGAAGCAAAAAUAAAGGAGUUAGAGCAUUCACUACAGGAAGUGAAGAUUAACUUCACAAAUAUGGAAGAAAAAUCGAAAAUUGAGAAGGGGGAUCUUGAGCAAAUGAAUGCAGCUUUAAAGCAAACAAUUGAAGAAUUGAAUAAUGCCUCUGGUAAAUCUCAAGACAGUUUGAAUAAAACUUUAAGUGAGGUUAGGGAUGAGUUAAAAGCUGUUAAGCUAGAUGUCGCUGAUAAAGACGCAGCGCUUGAGAAACUCAAACAAGAAUUAGGAAAUGAAGUUCAAAUCAAAUCUAAUUUAGAAUCUAAAUUUGAAGAAAGCACCAAACACACUCAAGAAUUGCAAGUUAAACUUGAAGAAGCUCUUAAAGAAAUUGCCGCUUUAAACGAAAGUGUGCAAAGUGCAAAUGAACAGCUUCAAUUGGCACAUAAAGAUGUACAACAACGCGCUACAGAUAACGAUGAUUUAGUUACCAAGAUGAAGGCCUCCUUCCAAGAACAAAUUGAUGUAUUAAAUGCAUCUGUUACCGAAAAAGAUGUAACUAUUCAAGAACUACUUGCAAAUAUUGAAGAAAUUGAAAAGCAGAACAGUCAAAAGGACGCGAAUGCAACCGAAAAAGAUUUAGAGAUUGAAACAAUGCUCAAGAAUCAUCUUGAAGUUAAGAAACACUCGGAAGAGUUACGUUUGGACGUUGAAAAUACCAAACAACAAUUAGAAAACGCCCAGGCAGAGAUUCUCAAGUUGAAUGAAAGAAUGCACGAAAUGACCGCCAAGAUAACUGAGAAGGAUCACGAACUACAGGAAGCGCACAAAGGAGAAACUGUUAUUCUUGAAAAGAACAACAAAAUCACCGCACUUGACACAAAACUGAUUGAAGUUAACAAAACGCUUGAAUCUAUAAGCGCACAGUUAGAAACGUCCAAAACCAAUGAAUUACAGCUACAAAAUCAAUUAGAGAUUAAGAUUCAGGAGUGUCAAAAACUACAGAAUGAUGUGGAAAUUAGUGCAACCAAAGAGGAUGAGAUUAAUAAAUUGAAAAAUGAGAUGCAAAUUAUGCAAAAGUCGAUGAGUGAAACCGAAGUAUUAAAUAAUGAAUUGCGAGAAAAGUUAGGCAAGAUGGUUGACGCUGAAACCAUUAAUAUAGGCGAGAUGAAACAGUUAACAGACAGGUUUAAUCUCUGUUUGAAGUUGUUUACAGUAUUAAAGGUUACUGAUGAACACAAACAGCAAUUAUUGGCGAGUCAGGAUAUAAAAGGCUCGGAAAUAUUAGUGGAUUUGGUUACAAAAUUGCCAGUACAAGUUAUCAACGAUAAUAAAGAUAAACUCCAGCAGUUGGAGCAAAUGAUCAACACAAGUAAUGAAAGUCUACAAGCUGCCAACGAUAAAAUCAAACAUCAUCAAAAUGAGAUGUUAUUGAUGCAGCAGGAGGUGUUAAAGGCUAGAUUGGAAGCAGAGAGAAAGGUUACCACCGUAAAGAUUUCCGAUGAAACGAUCAACAACAAUAACACGGGCAAAUCGAAUUCGAAUGAUUACAAGCAGCUGCUGGAGGAGAAACUGGAGGCGGAGACACAGGUUGAGUUUCUGCAUUCAAUCAUCGCGGAUAUGCAGAAGAAAAACGAAGAGCAAAAGGCACGCAUUGAAAUUCUUGAGAGUGGAUAUAGUCCUGCAGCUGCAGAUGAAUUAAAAUUGAUUGGUUUAAUUGAUAAAACUGUCACACCGCGUAUGUAUUGCGAUAUUUGUGAAGAAUUCGAUCUGCACGAAACCGAAGAUUGUCCGACGCAAGCAGAUGAUGAUAUGCCUGCACCUCCUCCACCUGAUGGCAAGAAAAAGGAGAUACCACCACCGAGGCCUUAUUGCGAAAUCUGUGAAGCAUUUGGUCAUGCGACGGAUGACUGCACAGAGGACGAGACAUAUUAACAGCAAUGCAGAUUAGUUCAAUUUAUAACGAAUUAUACAUUAUUUGUUAUUGUUAUUCUUAUAUUAUUAACUUAUUGCCCGAACGCUCCGGUUUUGCGGAGUUGUGAAAUACAUUUUUAUUAAAUCGUAAA